AUUAAAUUCGUCUUAGCCCCUCAGCUGACGCCGCUGAUCGCAGGGGGCGAGAGAAGCAGCAGAGGCUGCGAGGCAGCCCCCGGGAUCAGUCGUCUACGGCCAUGGCUCGCCUCACGACGCUGCUCGUCUUCACCGCCAUCCUCUUCUAUCCCGCGGCGCUCGCCCUGCGCUGCGCCUGCAAGACCUGCGCCAGCAGCAACUACAUCUGCGAGACGAAUGGCAUGUGCCAGGUGAUCGCUGUGCGUAAUAAGGACGGUCAUGUCACCAAUGACCGCAAGUGCUUGACAACCGAGAGCCUGCAGCCGCCAGAGCGGCCUUUCCUGUGCGUCGACUCCGUGGGCUCCCAGUCGCGGUUCAAGGUGCAGUGCUGUUCGCAGGACCUGUGCAACAACAAAACGCUCUCGCUGGAUCCGGUGCAUGAUAACAACGGAGGGAAACAGUCAGAUGAGCGCCCGAUGAGUUCCCUGGAGCUGGCAGUGGUCGUUCUGGUGCCGACCGUGCUGUUGGUCGUGGCACUCAUCGCCUUCCUGUGCCAUCGCCGCUCGCUGCACCGUCACCGCCACCAUCCCGUGCCCGAGUUCGAUGCCGAGCCCUACCGCGAGGACUCCUUCAUCCCCGAUGGGGCCUCCAUCAAAGAUCUGCUCUACGAGAUGACCACCUCUGGCUCGGGCUCAGGCCUGCCGCUGCUGGUGCAGCGCACCAUCGCACGCACGGUGGCGCUGCAGGAGAGCAUAGGUAAAGGCCGCUUUGGCGAGGUUUGGCGUGGAAAGUGGCGCGGGGAGGAUGUUGCCGUCAAAAUCUUCUCGUCACGUGAGGAGCGCUCGUGGUUCCGUGAGGCCGAGAUCUACCAGACCGUCAUGCUGCGCCACGAGAACAUCCUGGGCUUCAUUGCCGCCGACAACAAGGACAAUGGCACGUGGACCCAGCUGUGGCUGGUGUCGGACUACCAUGAGCACGGCUCUCUCUUCGACUAUCUCAACCGCUACACGGUGACGGAGGAGGGCAUGGCUCGCAUGGCCCUAUCCAUCGCCAGUGGGCUCGCUCACCUGCAUAUGGAGAUUGUGGGGACUCAAGGCAAACCAGCAAUUGCGCACCGAGACCUAAAGUCGAAGAACAUCCUGGUAAAAAAGAAUGGCACGUGCGCCAUCGCCGACCUGGGUCUCGCCGUGCGCCAUGACUCAGCCACUGACACCAUCGACAUCGCUCCCAACAACCGCGUUGGCACAAAACGGUACAUGGCUCCGGAGGUGCUGGAUGACACCAUAAACCUGAAGCAUUUUGACUCGUUCAAGCGUGCCGACAUGUACGCGCUGGGACUCGUGUACUGGGAGAUCGCACGUCGCUGCACGCAAGGAGGAGUAUUGGAUGAGUACCAGCUGCCCUACUAUGACGUGGUGCCAUCAGACCCAUCCGUGGAAGAGAUGCGCAGGGUGGUGUGUGACCAGAAGCUACGUCCCAGCAUCCCCACACGUUGGCACAGCUGCAAGAUUCUGCACAUUGUGGCCAAGAUCAUGCAGGAGUGUUGGUACCACAACGCAGCGGCCCGACUCACGGCGCUGCGUGUCAAGAAGUCCCUUUCACAGAUGCAGACGGCCCUGGCGUAGUAACACCACUGUGCCACCAACAUGGAACCCCACAACACCUCAGUACCGGCAGCCGAAAGCGCAGGGAUAUUGAAUAAAUGUUUGUCUUUUUUUACAGAUGUUAUGAAAUUAGUUUUGCUUUAAUUCCUUCCUGGUUUUAUAGUUUUGUUUCUACUAUAUUUUUUUUAACUCAGGCCUGAGUGCCGUAAUGCACGACGUGCCCAGUCUUUGGCGAGGUCUCAAUCUCCAGUAGGGUGUGGUUACACUGUGCUUUGUCGUGCUGUUCUGUAGACCACCCUUCCCUUUUUAAUGAUCAGGAUGUGCAAGUGAAGGGGCAGAGAGUUUCACCUUUUGUUGGAAGUCAAAGGUGUCAACCAAUGGCCAAAUUGGUGAUGAGUUCAGGGGCACCGUUCAAUUUUGCUAAAUCGUGCUUUGACGAUUGCUUGGAUGGGGAUAACACGUUCCUUCGGAGUGGGCAGGUAUAGGAACUUGGUUGGACAGCGCAUUCGUGCGAUCCGCAUCACGCGGCGCAAGCUGCGUGGGGCGGCGUGUCACGUGGUGCUGAGCCCGCCCGAAGCGCUCUGAAAUACAACUCGAGGGCGUGGCUAUGCACGACAGACAGACAAAUAAUCCCUGGUGGGCAGUGUGGAACCUGUUGUUCCUACCUGUAUAUUCUCCAACCACUUAGAGCCUCCAGACUACCUCACUCCUUCCAAUGUAUAUCCAUGGCUCUUCAGGACUUCAUGCCUCCAGUGCAGAGGCCAGGGGGCAGUGUGUGUGUUGAGUCAGCUUAAAGAAUGAAAAACCAGUGUUAACAAAAACUUUCCGAUUGUCACCAUGAUUUUUUAAUUACGUUUUUUCAAUGCAUUGCCACCUUCAUUACAAAUAGUGAUAUUUGGUGACUAGUUUCAUUCGUAAUUUUGUCUUUAUAGUCAACAACCUGACAUGAAAGUUCAGGUUUUCUCUGCGUAAGAUAAUAUUAACGUAUUUACUAUGUUAACAACACCAGACGUUUUCUAAGCCAUAGCUCAAGCCAUAAACAGGACCUUGUAAGUCACUGAAAUGGUAAACGAACCUUACACUUUUUUAGGAACUACUCCAGACAGACGUAUGUGCAUCGGAUGAGUAAAAAAACACCCCACAAUAACCACAUGUAGGGUUUGCACAAUGUGCCAGCCUGUAUUUUUCCCCAGUGUCCACAUGGUGUAUUGCGCAUUAAGGGAAUCUAUUGAGCAAGUUGACGGGCAACAUCUGCGGCUCAUUGGGCAAAUCAUUGUGGCAUUUUGUAACUGGUAAGGCCUUUACCUGGACAGAAAAAUGGUGUACUUAAAUUUUAUGCAACAUACAAACAUUUGAAUGUAAUCUGCGUAAGCUCAGUGAUUUUUUUAUUUCGUAUGCACGGUAAUUUUUCCUCGGAGCCUCAAAUUUCCGUCGUAAUCUUAACGAAUGAAAGUAAGCACGGUUCACCUCACUGCGAUUAAAGGAUUGUUUUUUUCAUUGAAUUUUUAAAAACAAGCAUUCACAAAUAGGAUUUGGAUAUAGGAUGCAAUGACAAGCAUAGUGAUUAGGGAAUUAUCACAUUUGAUAAAGGUACUUUUUGACUGCUCAUUGGAUGUACGCAGUCGUGUUUAAAGUUUUAUACAAAGAUUUUAUGUCUAAUUAAUUAAGUGUGAAACCUAACUAUAGCAACAGGAGUUUUUUUUAAGUUAAAUUUUCAUAGUUUUUUAUUUUAGUACUCAUUGCCUUUUUCUUACAAUUAACAGUCGAGCACUUAUCCAUUGUAAAUAUUUUUUACCGUUGACAAAAUUUUCUUUUUAAUUAUGUGCCAGGUGAUGUACAUAGAUUUUGAAAAUAUGAAUAUCGGUGUGCUGUUUAAAUUAUCUAGGUCUACUGCAUCCCAAAAGAGUGGAGUUAUGUGUUUAUCGAUGUACUGAAUUAUAAAUCUGAAAGACAAAUUGAUGGCUAAUAACUGACCUGUUAUGUGUGUAACGUUCAAUUGAUAUGUUAGGGAUAUAUACAUUAUAGACGAUGAAAUGUUUUAAAUUAUGUGCAAAAUUAGUUUCAAAAAGUCAUGUUCUUACACUGCUGUAACCUAUAAUUCUAAACAGCCUUGUAACAGAUUUGUUACAGAGCUGUGACUAAGAUUGUUUGUGAUUUGUAUAUAAAUUGUUUAUAUAUGUAUAUAAUGGUAACAGGUUUUUUUUGCAGUUUAAACAUAACUCUACGCUUCAAAUUUAUUAAAAAUAACAUGUUCUGCUCUGAGAAUAUUCUCUUGUAAAAAUGUAAAGCAGUACACAAACUUCGUCGGCUCAUGUACUUGAGUCAGUUCUGCUUUCAUUUUUUCAAAAGAUCGCUCAUAUCCAGCAGUGAUAGUCACAUCAGAUGAUAGUUGUGGAUAUCCUAGACAUAAUUGUUUUUUUGUGUUGACAGCAUUAUUUUGCCCUUGUGGUAAGCUUAUCAACAGAGAUUUGGAAACAGUACAAAACCAGAGUUUAGUUCAUUUCAAAGGUGUACAAAAUGAUAUGUCGUGCUGUGUGGGCUUUGACCAUGUAUUGUGCAACAUUGCGUGGACCAUGUAAAGUUAAAUCGGAUUACAUGUACUUUCUAAAAUUAUGAGUUGGUGUUAUUCUU